AUGCCUCAAACGAGAUCUGCCUCUAAGCAGCAGCGUCAGAGACAGAUGGACAGCCCUAAGACGGAUAGCAACGGCCAAGCAGGCAGCCCUGCUGCUCUGGAUGAAGCAUGCCUUCCGUACAACCAAGGAGCUGGGAACGCAUCCGCCAUAAAUAUCAGCGAUCCAGACACCACGGCUUUCGAUUCUUUUGAGGGGUCUCUCUAUCAAGAGUCACAGCAGCAGGAGCAGGAGCAGCAGCAACAGGAACAGCAGCAGUUAGUUCUCUUCAACCCAACAGACGGAGAUAGUCUGAACCAACCAUAUCUCCCAUGGGAUUUUCCAGGCAUUGACCAGCAUUUGUAUCCCUUUACUCGACCAACAAUGGCGGACGACCAGCGCUACCUGUCUCCGUUCUACUAUGUGGACCCAAAUUUCUUUGAAAACGAUUAUACGCAGCAGCAGCAGCAGCAGCAGCAGCAAUAUGACGAAUAUCAGACAUUGCAGCCAUGGAUGUCUCCAAACCUCGAAGAAUCUGCCGUCUUGGAUGUACAAGAUAUCCAAGGCCAAGUCAAUGGCCUUAGCCAGCUGCCAUUCCAAACCGGCGAUGAGCCUUUUGAGCCUUUGCCGUUCGAAUAUGCUGCAAUGCCGGAUCAUUUGAUUCAAUUUCCUCCCCUAGAUGAACGAUGGUCAGCCACAUACGAGGGUGAUCUUUUUGGAAUUCCUCAGACUCUGGAGCAGACCAUCCACAACGAUGCCUCUCUUCUUGGUGAGAACGUCGAAAUGACCCUGCAGGUGGCUUCCUCUUCGCAGCCUCUCACGGGGGUUGCUUUUAUUAAGCAUGAGCACCAGCGGAAUCUCCCCGGUGAUGAGAGACCCAAUCACUUGCAUCCACCAAUCCAGCUUACUCUAGUGGGUAGCAAGGCCGCGCUGGAACAAGCAAGGCGAAGACGACAAGCCAAUAGAUGCCGCAAGGGCCCAAAGCCCGCGGUAGAAGUCGACUGGCUUCCACGCGAUGCUGAUCGAGAAACCAAAGACAGGUUUCUCGUGGAGGCGAGACGGAAUAAAGUCUCGUACAAACUCAUCAAGACGUAUGGCCGCUUCGCAGAGGCAGAGUCGACUCUUCGUGGCCGUUUUCGAACGUUGACGAAGAGAAAAGAGGACCGGGUCAGAGAUCCUCAGUGGACGCCCAUCGACAUUCAUCUUUUGAAGGAGGCCGUUCAAGUGUAUGCUGGUGGCCAGCAUCCUGACAGGGCAGGCAUCUCGUGGAUGAUGGUCUCUCAGUACAUAACCGGCCAUGGUGGCACGUACGCUUUUGGAUACACGACUUGUCAUCGUAGAUGGCUGCAUCUCGAAGCUACUGGGCAGCUGGGGGAGAAUUGGGUUGAUCAGAGCUGGGAGGCUCGUGACGAUGAUGAGGAGAAUGAAGAUGAUGAUGAUGAGAUGGAGGGAGUCGAGACCGAGGCGGACGAUGAGGAUGAGAAUGAGGACGACGAUGGUGACGACGAUGGUGACGACGAUGGCGAUGACGAAGAAGACUAA